GAAACCGAAGACCCCGGGAGAGCUUACGGAAGGGGCGUUGGUUUCUUUGUCGGCGAGCCGUGUGUAUCGACUUGCAAUCAGAUCCUAUUUCACGUGACCUGUAACCUAUCGACCCAUGUAUGCGAGUGCCUCAAAGAAUAUCCCGUGAAUGUGAACAAUAAAAAUUGUCGCAAAGCCCUUUACAUCGGAGAGAGAUGUGAGUUCACCGAAGAGUGCAGUUAUUUCGACAAAAACACCGUCUGUUCCAGUGAUGGCUACUGUCAGUGCUCUGAAGAUUAA